AUGCAGGGCAGAAUAUUCAACUUCGUGUCUGUUAGUGCGGCGGUGGGGAUUUUAUUUUUGUUCGCGACCCUGUGGAAUCUGCGGUCGAGAGAUGUCCUGUACACGCAUUUAGAGGAGUUCGAGAAAGUUACGCCCACACAAAACACAACGGUUCCGGAAGAUGUCCUCGCAGACAACGCUGAGAUCACAGAGCCAACAGCAGGAGCAACUCGACCUUCGUUCCUCGAAAUCGCAACGAAAUGGGGCACCGACAAAGUUACAGUUCACCAUUACAACUACAUGUACGAAAAAUACCUGGAGCCAAUUCGUGACAAGUCGUUGAAGAUGCUGGAAAUUGGACUGGGCUGCGACAUGAGCUACGGCCCAGGAAAGUCCUACUACACUUGGCAGGAGUUUCUCCCAAACGUCGAUUUAUACUACAUCGAGUACGACAAAGAGUGCGUUCGGAAAUGGGCUCAGAACAUGACCAACGUCAAGAUCUACACAGGCUCCCAAUCCGACGUCGACUUCCUCGACAAGUUUAUCAAUUCCUCCGGCGGCGGCUUCGACAUCAUAAUCGAUGACGGCGGACACACAAUGGAGCAGCAGAUCACAUCCCUAGACAAGCUCUUCCCGGUCGUCAAGCCGGGUGGAAUGUACUUCUGCGAGGAUCUGCAGACGUCAUACUUCGAGUCAUAUGGAGCGACGCCAGGGGCGAAGACAAUGAUGGGCGUGAUCCAGGAGCUGUUGAAUGAUCUGAAUGUGAAUGUUCAGGGUGCACCGCCGUUGCAACAUGAGGUUGGGAGAGAAAUGAGAAGCGUGGAAUGUGGGGAGGAGAUUUGUGCGUUCUUUAAAAAGGAUCUGGGGAACACUGAGGUCAGGACUUGA